CUGGGACCCGCGGUCGAUGCCGGCGAGGAGGGGGAUGGGCGCCUCGGCGAAUGUAAGGACCCGAGACAGAAUCAGAGCCCUGUAUCACAUACAGCAGCAUAUACCCCAUUAUAAAUAGCGACUGUAAAUAUAUAAAACACUAAUAUAAAUGGAUUUUACCACCGGGGAUCUAUAAUAGACACCCAAUGGAUGCAGUACACCUGAACAGGACAGGGAAUUUAACUUUCCGUCUAUGCGUGGGAGACACAGAGAAGUUUGUUUUCUACCCCUGGAGAGGGAGCUACUUUUGAGGGCAAAGGAUACAGGAGACUCCGAGGCCGGGCUACAGGCCUACUGGUCUGGUUGGAUUUGAUGUUGGGAUACUAUAAGGACUUCUUACUGUAUGUGAACUUGCCUCGCUUAUACAACUUUGGAAUGUCCCUUUAGGUCCCCCAUGACCGUCAGCCGUGGGCUACGGCUCGGCGGCGCCCCACCUCUAGAGUGGUCUGCUGCUGUAGUUGGGACCCUGUGAUUCCUCUUCUCACCUCCUCUCCUCCCCCUCCCCCAUCCCAUCCUGUCCCUCCCCGCCCCCUCCCCCUCCUCCCCCCUCUUCCCCCCUCCCUCGCGUCGCUGUGCUGGACGUCAUGAGCAUAGUAAUCGCGCUGGGAGUCACCACACCUGAAACGUCUUACUCAGAUAUGGCUGCUGGAUCAGACCCUGAGUCAGUUGAAGCAAGCCCUGCCGUGAAUGAGAAAAACUACAACAACCACAGCUGUGGGAGCGCACAGAGUCAUGGGUAUCGGGGACUACCAUAUGCUAUGCAACAGUCUUCCGUUGUGUGUUGUCAGGAUCACAACUAUGGCGCGCCCCCUCCCCCUACCCCACCCGCCUCUCCGCUCUCCCAAACCAUCAUUCCCCGCAUGGAUCUCAACGGCGUGGUACGCGGCUCCCGCUACCACGAAACUACUGAGGACAACUCAGCCGACAGCGACAGCUCCUCAGACGAGGACGGGGCUGUGGCCAGCUGGUGUCACUGCAGCCUGACGCCAGACGGCCUGCUCAUCAAAUGUGACAACUGCAGGGGACUUGAUAGGAGGAAAGGAGCAGAAGGCCAGCACAGAAAAACAGAAAAUGUCUCAGCUGGAGAAAGCAGUGCUACUGAGAGUGGUGAUGAGGAGGUAUCCCCCUCCACCAUCUCCUACACUGCCACCCAGCAUACGCCCACCAGCAUCAAACUAACCGUCAACCGGGUGAAAAGGAGCAAAUCCAAAAAGAGGAAGAAGAGCACGGAGAAGGCCCGGGGAACACCAAAGGGCAAAAAAGUCAAGGCUUUCAGAGAGGGUUCAAGAAAGUCCAUGAGGAUGAAGAACUCAACAACGGAGGCCAGCGUGUUAGAUGAGAACACAGCAGAGGGAUGGGAGAGCAAAAUACGCCAGUGGACAGACCAGUACGAGGAGGCCCUGGCAAACCAGUACAGUGCUGAUGUCCAGACACUUCUCCAGCUCCAUCGCACUGCCAGUACCACUGUCUCUAAAACUGAGAGUGGUGCCUCACCACUUCCCUCCAAUACUCAGAUCCAGGCCUCUGUGGACGCCAUGGACACCAUCAACCGCACUGAGCUGGCCUGUAACAAUACAGUUCUGGGCUCACAGAUGCAGCUCCAGCUUGGGCGGGUAACAAGGGUGCAGAAACACAGGAAGAUCCUGCGAGCCGCAAAGACCCUGGAACCUGACACACUCAUCAUUGAAUAUCGAGGGAAGGUCAUGCUCAAACAACAGUUUGAAGUCAACGGUCACUUCUUCAAAAAACCCUACCCAUUUGUGCUUUUCUACUCAAAGUUUAAUGAUGUAGAGAUGUGUGUUGAUGCAAGGACCUUUGGAAAUGACGCCCGCUUUAUCAGAAGGUCAUGCACACCCAAUGCCGAGGUCCGGCAUAUGAUUGCUGAGGGCAUGAUUCAUCUAUGUAUCUAUGCUGUCAGUCAAAUCACAAAGGAUGCAGAGGUCACCAUUGGAUUUGACUACGAGUUCAAUAGCUGUAAUUACAAAGUGGACUGUGCCUGCCAUAAGGGCAACCAGAACUGCCCGGUGCAAAAGCACAACCUAAGCCCCAGAGAGAGCUUGCUGAGUCCCCCUUCCCUGCCGCCUCCCCCCUCUGUUGUCGGUGCAGAAACCCGACGGAGGAAAGCUCGGAGGAGAGAGCAGGAGGGCAGCUUAUCUGGGGACAGCAACCAGACCCCGGACCAGAUCCAGGAGGCCAAAGAAAUGCAUGGGACCAGUGACGGAGAGGAGAGACUGUUGGAUGAGGUUAAGGUGGAAGAUGGAGAGGAAGGCGAAGUGGAUGAAAAUGGGGUUGCAAUCUCCACUAAAAAGACAUGUAACACCUUGGAGAGGAGGCGGAGGAGAGUGGGAGGAGCAGAAACAAAGGAGGAGGGUGUGGAAACCGAGGACGGGGCAGGAAACCCCGCAGGGAACACCCCCACACCUAGCACUGCUGGAGUUGGGGUCAGCACGCGGCGCACCACCUAUGUAAUGGACCCGCCAAGCAUUGAAGAAAAGCCCUCAACAAACAACCUGACUGCCCCAGUUGCUCCCCCCAAACCUGCACGACCCACCAAGCCUCGGCCCAAAAGUCGUAUCUCUCGAUACCGAUCAAGCUCGUCCCAGCGGGCCCGGCGGCAGCGUCAAGCUCUCGCCCAGCAGGCUGCAGCUGCAGCCGCAGCAAUGGCAGCGACGCCAUCGUCAGGUGAACAGGGUGCUGCUCCAGAUGAGGAGGGAUCUCAGGGCCCAUACAGUGCUGAGCAAGAGAACAGUUUAGGCAGUCAGCUCCUCGAUGGAGAUGGUCAGGGUCUGAACUGCAUUAAUAGAGGCAAUUUGCGCUACCCCAAGACAAAGAAGUACCUGGUGACAGAGUGGUUGAAUGACAAGAUACCUGCAGGGGAUAAGGUCCACCAAGAGGUGCCUGUCGAACGCCCGCUGCGGAUAACCACUGACCCUACAGUGCUGGCCACCACCCUCAACAUGCUGCCAGGCCUCUCCCACUCAUCGCUCAUCUGCACCACACCCAGACACUACGUCCGCUUUGGUUCACCAUUCAACCCCGAGAGACGCCGGCCGCGCCCACUCCAAAUGGAUGGCACUUAUGGCUGCUUUAAAAAGAGGUGGUUAAAACAGCUGGAGGAUGAGAGCUGCUCAGCCAGCAUGGAGGACGGCACAGAAUCCACCUCUUCCCAGCAAAGCACCAGUAGCAGAUCCACCCCCAAUCCCCUGUCUACUGAGGUCAAUGCACCUUUUAAGAAGCGUCAUUCCAGGUAUAUGUCAGAGAUGACACCAGCACCCCUGGACCAUCUGCUUCGCCCUCUGUCACCCAUCACACCUCCGCUCCCAGAUGACUCCCUCAACCGAAUGCCCCAAACCCCCUGUGGAUCCCUGCUGCCUAACGGCCUGGUCUACUCCCCCAUGCCCUCCCUGCCCGCCAGCCGCUGCAACACACCGCUGCAAUUUGAAAACAUAUCAUCCCCUGAGGCGUCUCCUGUACAUCGACCAGAGUCCAUUUCUCCUGAGCCGUGUCUGCAGACGGACUUUGACGUCUCUCGGCCCCAGUUCCCCGACCUGUCCCUCCCCUGCAGUCUGGAGAGUCCCGUGGCUGUGACCUUAGAUGACUUUUCCCUUCCUGGAGGCGCUUCAGGCCACGAUUCCCAGGGCGCGUCUUCUCUCGGGGCCAGUUCCUUAAACCCGGUGUCCUGCCCCUCCUCGGACCUCAACCCCCAAAACAGGGAGCAGGCCUUCAGGACAGAGUUCAACCUCAUAUACACCUGCUCGCCCCUCAAUGCAAAUCUGGGAAACCCUGUUGCCACAGACCGCCGCCUCUCCCAGUCAGAAGGAGGCUUUUCCCCAGCAGAGUCCUUCCACAGCUCUAUAAGUGGUCAGGGCCUGCUGGGAGAUGUUGGCCCUGGAUCCAUGUCACCCUAUGGCGAACCUCAUUAUGGGGGAGGCUACCCAGAUAGUGGCACGCCUCCUCACACAAGCAACCCACCACAAAAGAAGAAGAGGGCCAACCAGCAUACCAUUAGUCUGCUGACAGGAAAGCCAGAUUACCAGGCUAUAGCUGUAAGAAGUGAAUACAAGCCAGUACAAAAUAUGGUGUCUUUGCUGGAAUACCGUAAGAGGAAGCAGGGCAGUGGGCGUGACUUAGAAUCAGGUGGAAACAGCUCAUCUCUGGGCAGCACCCCAACCCGGCCUGGCUCCCAGUACAGCCAGGACUCCAAUCAUCCCCAUUCCCAUCAGCAGAUGCAGCCUCCGGCCUCCCCACAGAGCUCCUCUUUCAGCUCCUCAACACCCUCCAUCCCACAGAUCGAGGAUGUCAGUCCUCCUGGCCACCAGGGCUCGUCAGGGCAGUCCAGACAGCAGGAAAACAACAACCAGUGGAUGGUACCCACGACUGUUGAACGUCUCAGAGAAGGUCAGGGGGUUCUGGAGCGAGUGCUAAGAAGCAUCAAGCUGGAUCGAAAUUACAAGAGGAGCGACGGCUCUACAGAGAAGGAGUCUGAUGCAGAUCGAUAUGACAUGCCUGCAGCGUCCAUGGCCUCUCCCAUGAAGAGUCCACAUAGAUACAGUCCCUCUGUGUACUCACACCAGUCAUCAGAAAGCCACCGUCAGACCGACAGCCCAUCAUUCCUCCAGCAAACCUCCAACUCUCCAUUCCGGGGUUCCUGCAGUCCCUCAUCAGGCCAGGGCUUCCACCCACGCCUGUCCUCCUCUCACCCAGGACUGUCCCAGGACCACCACCCUCCUUCCUCCUACCCCAAUCACCCACCAACCUCCUCCUCAGACUCCAGGCCACCAGGGGGCUCCCUUCACCAGCAGAGUGGCAGCAGUAACGUGGACGGGGGCCAUGGCUACAGCACCAGCCACUUAAAAGCAAGCCUUUUGAACAGCAGCGGCCUGGUGGGGUCUCCUAGCCCGGGACCCAGGGCUCAUGGGCAGACUAAAGCAGACUCAGGCGCCCAGGCCUCCAGAGGGAGUCAGCCGCAGGCGUCCCGCAGCCUAAAGUCAGGCAGCCCGGGUCAGACUGCUCUGCAGGCCGGUUCUAGGCUGCUGUCGGCCUCUGCACCGACACACUACCCACAGAGAGGGACAAGCCUGAGCCAGUUCCAGCACUCCCCCCUGCAGGGAGCCGGAGUAAGGACACAGUCAGGAAGCUUUUAGACCUUUGUCAAGUGUGUGGAUGUGAGUGAGUGAGUGUGAGUGUGACACUGCGUACCUCCUCGACCCCCUCACAGCUGCGUUGAGCUCAGGGAGUUUGGGGAGCGGAAAUGUACAGACCUAAGAGGAGCAAGGACUUCUUCAUGGAUUUCUCCUUUUCUUAUUUUCUGUCUCUUCUUUCUUUAUUUUCAGAAAAACUAAAAAAUGAAAAAAUUACCACAUUCUGCCCAAAGCUGAUCAUUGACUUUGGACGUCAGUGGAAAACGUGAUUUGGACUCUGGAAAAAAAAAAAAAAAACAAUAAAUCACAUGUAACUUGAAAUUUUCCCCAGUGUUUCCUCAUGUGCCGGACUGUGCAAACAGGCUCUAUUACGUCUGGAAAGUACAAACUUCCACACAAAUGUCUGUACAAAGUUAUAAAAAGUCGUACCUGUUGUCAUGGUACCCAGGUUGCAUAAAUGCUGAGAUGUAACUGAAAGCAAGAGUUGUUUUAUUUUUUAAGUUUUUUGUCAGCGUUCCUUUUUUUUCUGAUUUGGCGCGUUGCUGAGUCUGUGCUGCAGUAAACAAGUGUUUGAUUUUGGAAAACUGGGUUGGGGGGGAUUAUGUAAGCAAAGUGACACGUUAAUCAUCCGUUUUAAAGAUGCGUUAGAGAGGCAGAGGAGGAGAGGAUUUCUCUCCAGAUAGGAUCAUUCCAUAUGAUUACCAGCUUCUGUGUUUGCACAGCGAACACUGAAAACAGCCCUUUUUUUUGUUCUUGAGGUUCUCCGUCUGUUCAGAUACUCUGUUAAUUUAGGUUCUUUUCUGUUCUUUCAUCCCCACUGGACUGUUUUUGUUUUCACAUUAGGACUACUUCACUGUAGAGUUCUGAUAUUGUACUUGAGACAUACAGGUCUUAUGAUUCAUGGUGCUGCAUUCUUGUUUUUUUUUUUUUUUUUUUUAAAUAAAUUUGAAAUCCAGUUAUGUUCCUUACAUACGGCUGCAUUCAUCUUGUCAUUUUAUCUGUUUCUCCAAAUUCAUACUGAUCACAUAUAGUAGGGUUGGGAUGUAGGGAUAGAUAAGAGUUUUGACUGUUUUUCUUUAAAUAUAGAUGUGUUUAUAUUUCUGACCAAUCCUUUCAUUCCGAGGAAAACCGGGGAAGGGAUCUCUGAGGUAGUGUUUGGAUUGUUUCUAAAACCUUGGUUUAAAAAAAAAAAAAAAAAAAAAAAAGAAAAAAGCUGCUAUGUUCUCCUGUGAGAGCUGCCUCCCUUUUCCACAGAAUGCUGUAUUUUCUUGUCUUUUCUUUUAACCCCCAUCCUCACAAACUGACUUGUAAGAAAAGAGACGGCUCUCCUGAGUGCAGCAGUGGGACCUCAGAAUGAUGUUAAGCUGACAGCUCGGCGGCCGCAGGAGUCGCCCUCUCCUCCCUCUGAAACUUUUAUUUUGAAGUGGAAAAAAAAACAGACGCCUUUGUGUGAAGACUUCAAGGACCGAAGGGGACGAUCAUGAGACCGGACCCGACAAACCCCCAAACUCCAAGUCGACAUAAAACACAGAAGGGUACUCGUGUUACAUGAAUGUUUGACAGUUUGAAAAAUAAAGUUGUGACCCAAACUGAACCAGCACCUUAGAAAGAAAGAAAUACAACCUAAAAGACACACUAGGACAAUAUGUAUGACUAUGUGUACUUGUAUAGAAAGAAAUGUGAUAUAGACUUGUAUGGAGAAAAUAUAGUACACUGAAUUUAUCGCAUGAUUUUUGUUUUUAGGGUCUGAGUGACCAACCAGUGUCAGAAGGUUGGGAGCUAAUCUUUGGGUCUGUUCCUCUAAACUACCAGACGCUGCAUUCUCUCUCUCUCUCUCUCUCUCUCUCUCUUUGUUUUGUAAAGAUCUUUCUGUUGGAUUUGGUUUUAUUUUUACACAGAUCAUAGAAGUAAUUAUUUCAACUGUUCCCCCCUACAAAAGGUUUAAAAAGCAAGAAAUGUAAUGCAUUUUGAUAAUAAAAUAAUCAUGAUGGUAAUGUAUUUUGGAAACUA